AUGACCUACUCGUACACCAACCCACCGGCCUUCAAAGACCUCGUCCGUCUCCUUCCACCAACAUCGAAGGUGACCAUCGUGGAAACUGAUGUCCCACUGUCCUACAAGAUCUUUGAAAUCUUGAUCUCUCUUGGAGUCUUCGUCGUUGCAUUUUGCCUGGUUGCACUCGUCAUGUACCUCUGCACUCGCCCGGCAACAUCUUUUCUCGGACGUAUCUUCUUCUGGGACCACGUCGAGGAAGCUGUUGAGCCGGCAGCUGCCAACGCCAACGAGCAAUUCGUUCAAAUCGUCUUGAAUGACGACGUCGAGGGAACUCAUCAGCCACCACCAACCGCUUGA